GGCCUUUGCACGAUGUCUCUUUCGACAAUCACGAUUUAACAAGAACAUACAUAUAAUGCAAGCUCUCAAAGUCCGAACAAAUCAAUACCUAGUACUAUCACCAGUUCCCCUUCAAGUGGAUUAACAAUGAUGUCCACUUUAAACUCGCCAUCAGCGUCAUCUUCAACCUCUGAGACUCGAAGAUCAAUCAGUUCAGUCAAUCACACACAAAACUCCCUAUAUCUCAUGCAACUCCUGAGCAUUGACGUUUCUAAACCUGUUAUUGAUUAUGUUGUUGAAUAUGUCUCGUACAUAGUUGGCCACCCUGUGGAUCACCCUUCAGAUCAACUAAUUAUGUUGUUCCCUAUGACCAGAGGGCGUUCGCAAUCCAGAAGGCAUCGGAGGCCAGCUAAAAUAUCUCCUUGCUCUGAUGCAACAUCCUUUGUUGAAAGGGUUUUGCACAAAGCUCGAGUAAAAAUGUCAGAGGUGCUCGCAGCCCUCGCCUACAUCAAUCGAGCACGGCCAUUCCUACAGAUCUCCAGUGACACUAAAUAUCCCUUUGAAAGAGUCUUCCUUGGGGCAUUGAUCAUUGCAACAAAGUUUCUCAAUGAUUCUUGUAUCCCGAAUAUGCACUGGGCACAAUGCAGUCGCCUGUUCGGGAAGCACGAUAUCGGUCGCAUCGAACGAGAGUUCCUCGAGGUUCUUGACUGGGACCUAACCCUCACUGAGGAGGACCUGCUUGUCCAUUAUGAUUCGCUCAUACUCAUUGAUUUCCCCGAAGCACCAGACAUCACUCCGUCUUCUAUCCAAUAUCCAUCCAAGUCGGUUGCAUGUCCUCACAAUGAAGAGGAAAAGACAGACGGUUUAUGUCCUUCCUCUCCACUGUCCUUCCCCUACCAGCGGUCUAAAACAACUUUGCCUAUCUGCUUACCCCAAGUUGGCUCUUCUUGCUCGCCGACAGUAUCACUUCCUUCCUUCGUGCCACUGUCUCCUUCAACGCCGGACCUCGAGCUCGAUAGCGCUUACUCAUCCUUUGAUACUGACAUUGAAUCAUCGAGUUCUCCACUACUUCCCACACCGCCUUCUUCUGGUCUUUCGUUGGAGGGCGAUGAAGACAACCGCAGUGGAGGUCGCAAAAGUAGUGAAUCAUUUUGGUACACUUAUUUCGCAAAUAUGCGAAUUCAGGAAGCCUUAUCUCCAAUUGUGAGAUCGCAGAAAGCCGGAAAUUUAUAAUGUACAGCACUUAAUCAGUUUGAAAAGGACCUUUUGUAUAUAAUUGUAUGAUACGUGUACCGAAACGGCAGGAGUCAGGACUACCUGAUUCCUGAAUAGAAACGAUGAACUCAACCUUGAGCCGGCGGCGCUUUGACUUUCACAACGUCAACUAUUCAAGCUACAGAGGCUACAUCCUAGAUGUAAGUACAG